UGCCGCUGAGCUGUGCUGGUUGAAAAUACGUAAAACCCGCCGUUAGCUUCAAGCUAAGCUUGCUUUAUCAAGUCAAGACAGACUAUAGAUUUAACGGAAAUAAUUAACGCCUAGCGCGAGGAACCGAAACCGCGAAUGGCAUUUUAUAUGCACUGGUAUGUAAAGAAAUAAGGCGAAAGCUUCAUAGUUUGGACGCAGGCUAACUGGCUAAGUGAGCCGUCGGGAGACCCCACCACCCAAAGAUCGGAACCAAGAUUAAAGCCAUCAUCUAAUCUAUUAAAGAGGAUAACCAAUGUCACACGCACCAAUCCUCCAAAGCAGCGACGCCAAUGAACUGACUGGUGGAGUUUAUACAUUCAUAAGUACAGUCAAACACGCCCACUGAAAAGGCCCAUCAUUGAAUUAAAAUACAAGUGCGUUUUUCUCUGCGUGUGAGUGUGCAUGUGGUCCGCUGAAGGAAGUGAAGGCAUGGCUCAAGACACUCCCUUGAGACCACGUCCCCCUGAGGUCCUUGUCAUCUGCUAAUAGCUGGACCUGAUACUCUCACACAUAAGGAAGUCCCUAAAGUGUCCCAACAAAUACAUUUAAGAUCUGUUUUUCCAUUGUCUCCUCUGCCUCCCUGCUCCCCCAAGCCCCACAUACUCACCUGAGCAUCCUUGGAUUCUUCAUUUCGGAGUCGUUCGGCCAAUCUGGAUCAAUUCCCAGGAGAGUUGGGGGUUAUGUGUAUGAGCUAAGCACUGAUCUUUUCACCUCUUUUUUUUUUUUGUCUCUGUGCAAGCUCCAUCAAGAGAGUUGUUUUUGCUAGAGCAUUCUUCUCAUUUUAGGCCUCUGUUGUUGGAAAGCCAUGCAGGUGUAAGCUUGACAUAAGUCUUACAAGACAACUGGACUGUCUUUCAUAGCUACCAAUCACCUGUGCAUCAGCAAUGCUUCGACUUAAGAGAGAGACACUUACUAUUUCUUGAGGUGCAAUGUAGCACAUGCUGGUUGAAAUGAAGGAAAGACAUUUUUACAUUUUCUGAUAGUGUGGAUGAUGGGGGGAAACGGCUUCAACUGAUAACGGUUGUGAGUGCCAACUAAUUCCCUCACUAUCGCUGCUACCUUCCAAACUGAACUACACCAAAACUGACAAAAAUCUCCUUCCUCCUGUUCCUCACUCUGUCUCUAGAUGUUGCAUUGUAAUUUAUGUCUUUAGUGGUUUAUUUCUCAACUCUGAUCAUUCACAGCAGAAGACAACUCAGCAAGUUAAUUAGCAGCUUUUGAAAUCAUCAAACGGACUACAGAACCGUACUGCGUGCUUUGCUCGAAUGAUAACAUUUUUCAAUGUUCAUCAGCAAGUGCAAAAGGUUCAAACAAAUUAAUUUGCAUUGCCCUUUUCUACCUCUCAUUUCAUGCUGUACCACUAAAUCUUUUUAAAGAAUUUUUUUUAUUUGAUUUUGUACAUUUUGUAAAAAAAAAAAAAAAAAAUCUGUUAUUUUCAGCUGUAAAACAGAAAUUAUUUUGAAGCUGAUUUUUUUUUUUUCUUUUUUUACUACCCCAAAUGUUUUUUAUUGUCAUUUUAUUUUCUUUCAAAGCAAUUGAUCCAUAGUCAUAUGUUUUUACAGCAUUUAUUUGACUUUUUCUAAGCCGUUUGAGAUCAGGUAGUUCCUUUUUGCUUUCAGAUUAAUGUUUUUUAAGAACUGACCAAAAAACAUGACAAACUAAAAUAAUUUGUGCUAUUUUUUUUUUGUGCUAUACUUUAUGUAUAUUACCAUAUAUACAUUUUAAAAUAUUUUUAAGCCAGAGCAUCCAAUCCCAUCUUCACAUUUUAAAUCAAGAAUUUGCGAAAAACUUUUCUUCUAUUUACUAUUCAUUUUUUAUUUUAUUUUUUAAUAAUUUUUUUAUUUUUACAUUUCUGCAUUUUAUCACUUCUAAGGAGGAUAGUUUGACUGUUGAAACUAUAUGCUCAUUUUGUGGCCUUUUUAUAUAAUGCUGAAAGGACAACGACUUCUCCUUUAGUCUAUACAUUUGUGCUGUCUCGACAACAAAAGCACACUCACAAACGGAUCAUUUUCUGGGACGUGCCGCCAUCCUGCUCCCUGGGUGAUGCCAAGCAGCAGCAUGAGUGGGGGUGUGUCUGGACCCACUUCCCCACCCCACCCCACUGUUCCAACAAAACCGCUCAGGCCUAGUCGCUACGUGCCAGUCUCUGCGGCAACUGCCUUCCUGGUUGGAGCAACCACACUCUUCUUUUGCUUCACGUGCCCUUGGCUUUCGGAGCAGUUUUCAGUCGCUGUGCCUAUAUACAAUGGCAUUAUGUUUCUGUUUGUGCUGGCCAACUUCUGUAUGGCCACCUUUAUGGAUCCCGGCAUCUUCCCCAGAGCUGAGGAGGAUGAGGAUAAAGAGGAUGAUUUUCGGGCUCCUCUUUAUAAGACAGUGGAGAUUCGAGGCAUUCAGGUGCGGAUGAAGUGGUGCUCCACCUGCCGUUUCUACAGACCCCCUCGCUGCUCGCACUGCUCCGUGUGCGACAACUGUGUGGAGGAUUUUGAUCAUCACUGUCCAUGGGUUAAUAACUGUAUCGGCCGGAGAAACUACCGUUACUUCUUCCUGUUCCUGCUCUCUCUGACGGCUCACAUCAUGAGCGUGUUCGGCUUCGGCUUGCUCUUUAUUCUCUACCACACCCAGCAGCUGGAUAGAGUCAAUUCAGCUGUUACUAUGGCCGUCAUGUGUGUCGCUGGGCUUUUCUUCAUCCCAGUUGCAGGCCUCACUGGUUUCCAUGUCGUCCUGGUGGCAAGAGGCAGGACCACCAAUGAGCAGGUGACAGGAAAGUUCAGGGGAGGCGUGAACCCCUUCACAAAUGGCUGCUUGAGGAACAUCUCGCAUGUCCUGUGCAGUUCACAGGCACCCAGGUAUUUGGGUAGAAAGAGGAAGGCUCAGACCGUGUCUGUUCAGCCUCCGUUCCUCCGGCCGCAACUCACUGAGGCCCAGCUGGCCGCCAAGGUGCUUGACAACGGAAUCCAAGGAGACCUUCAUCGGUCUAAAAGCAGUUUGGAGAUGAUGGAGAGCCAGUCUGCUGAUGCAGAGCCUCCGCCUCCCCCCAAACCAGAGCUCAGAUACCCUGGGCUGUCUCGAGGACCUUCUGGACACUCUGAGGAGAGUAGUCUGUUAAAUAAAGCUCCGCCUACCCCCACCAUGUUCAAGUACAGGCCCACCUACAGCAGCCCGGGCAAGAACCACACUGCACUUACACACGCCUAUGCCAGCCAGAUGAGUCGUGGGGACAGUCUUAAAGAGUCCUCUUCCUCUCUCCUCCAGUCCAGUCAGCAGCCGGGUUAUCGCUCUGAGCCCAGUUUGGAUGGGCGUGAGGGGGGAGGAGUGGAGCGAAGUGGGGCGGAGCGAAGAUGUGUGGGCCCUGGAGGACCUCCAGGCUCAGGGAUGCCUGGUUACGCCCACGGAGGGCAUUCAUAUCCCUCCUUCUCCGAUCCUACGGUGAUCGUCGGAGGCAUCUCACAGUCCUCCAGUGUUCGCUCUUCCCACAAUGACCCACCAUCUGAAGCCACCAGCUACAAGAGCUUAGCCAAUCAGACGCCUCCACCGGCUCCUCAUAAUGGCAGCCUGUCAUACAGUAGUCUACUUGCGCCCUCUGAAAGCCCAGAUUUCGAAUCGGCAGCGCCAGAGCUGUCUCCAGGGCAUCCACACACCCCAGUACUUGGAUACAGUUCGCCCUUCCUGUCAGCGCAGAUCGCCCAGCAACGGGAAGCAGAGCUCCACCAGCCCUCUGCCUCCAGCACUGGCCUCCUCGCCUCCCCACAACAUGGUGCCUAUUUACGUGGCUCCACCUCCUCCCCGCCGCCUCCACCUGAACGCGAGAGGGAGCGCCUGCUACAUGACCAUCCCCACCACCAUCACCACCACCGCCACCAUCAUCACAAUCAUCCUCGGCCGCCCCGCUUCUAUCGACCACCUUUGCUCUCUGACUCGGGCCACAUUCAGCCCUCCUAUCCUUACCGCACCCGCUCUACUGACACGCCCCUGCCGCCCACCACCCACCCGCCUCGUUCGCCACACCCCCCACCACUGGGGAAGUCUCUAUCUUACUCUAGCGCUGCAGCUGCAGAGAUGCAGUACCGCCUGGUCCGCAAAGCCUCCGCCUCGGUCGGGGGAGGGGGCAUUCAGGCGCCAAAGGAUGAGAUUCAGAUGAAGUCGUAUAGUCGGACAAAUGGGCAGCCUAAAUCCUCUCUCCCUCAGUCUCCUCCUCCCACACCCUUGUCCCCCUCUCAUCCUGUCAGCGUGUCCACUCGCCCAGGUCAGGCCUAUUCUAGUGCCGGCUCUUCUCAGAGCCCCGCCCACAAGCCUGGAGGUGGGGUGAAGAAGGUGACGGGCGUCGGAGGGACCACUUAUGAGAUAUCGGUGUGAGAGAUAAGCAGCUGUUGUGACGGAUCUUGACAAGAGUGGAGCCUUGGACUUUGUCGCCCACUUGGGCUUACAGUAGUAGAGCCUUGAUAUUAGAAGAGAGAAUUAAGAGUGUUGGACAUUUAUUGGUGCCCACAGAAGAUUUCUCUUGAAAAUAUAAGCAUUUAAGAACACUGCUUUUUAUUUAUUUUUUAUUUUAUUUAUUUUAUUUUUUUCAAAAAGGAAAUCAAUUGCUGACUAGCAGGUUUUGGUAAGAUGUGACAUUGAGGAGGAGGAGGAGGAGGAGGAGGAGUGUUGAUGUUUAGCCGUGACAUAGUGUGGCCUGUCCUAUACAAAACCUAUAUAAGACUCCUCACCGGUAAGGAGUUGUAACACGGAAUUGGUGUAUCGGCAAAAGACUGGAUUGCCUUGGAAACUUUCAGUACAUCACAAGAGAAAAAUUGUUCUGUCCAGCAUAAAUAUGAACAUUGUUCUGUAUAGAGGAAAAAAAAAGUGGUGUCUGUUUUCUCACAGAGUGGAAUUUGAUUUUUACACAAGGGGACCUAUGGCAUGCAGUAGCCAUUUCAGACCACUGUGAUUGGCAUGCGACUAUGUAUCCAAUCUAUGUCAGGGAAGCAAACUGUAUUCGAUUUAAAGAAAUGGCCUAAUGCAUUAUUUAAAUGACAACAGCCUUUUUGAUUGUGUUUUCAGAGCAAUGGCUUUGGAAAUCAAGGAAGAAAGUUUUUAUUUAAUUUUUAAAAUGUUCUUUUAUAUGACUUUAUAAAUGGUUAUUGAUAAGAUCAAAAUGUUUUUUAUUCUACAAAGGCUGAUGAUUUGUUCUCUGUGGAUUUGUAUCUAAUCAGAUGAAGGGGUGAAGAAUUGGAGGCUGGGAAACCGAUAUCACCACUCAGUAAAUCAUAGUCAUGCACAGAGAGUUACUAGUAGCAUUAAAAUGCAUUUGACACAGCGGAGCCCGAUCUGUGGGACAUAUUUCAGAGUUUCUUGUAAACAUUGAUUGUGUGCCUCUUUUAAUUUGUACCUACUACAUUCAAAAAGAUUGUGACAUUUUGCAAGACUCAUUUCAAUCAUUGUCUAACUUGUCAGGGGUGUUGAUCAACAUUUAGAUCAAAGCUGGUCAAUGAAGUGGAUAUAUUUGAUGGCCGAUACAAUAGCCAAUGAAUACCCUCUCAGAACGAUUAUAUGAAUAUUUAGGAUAAAAAUGAUGGACUGAGAGGAGGGAAAGAAAAGAAAGUGUUCUGUAUAGUUCAGUGUGAGUGACCAUGAUUGUUGAUAUGCAUAUGUGUGAGUGUGUGUGGUUUAGCAUUGGUAAUAAACUCUUUAUAAAUCA